AUGGCCCAGCUAAUCACCUUGCCUCACCUCCAUGCCUCACCCACUCUGUUCACCAAAGUGAAACAUAGAAGCAGCAGGAGAAUUAUGGCGAUGGGGACUUUUCUGUUCGUUUUGCUGCUUGCUCUGCUGAUUCUCUUCUUCCUGACGCAACUCUGGUCCCGAAGACAUUUGCCUCCUGGUCCUUUGGCUCUACCUCUCAUUGGGACCUUGUGGGCUUACGGGCUUUGGCUUCGCAAAGAUUACUUCUCUAAGCAUGUAAAAGAAUAUGGAAAUAUAUACUCCAUGUGGGUUGGACAUUACCUUAUUGUAGUGCUAUCUGGGUUCAAAACUGUGAAAGAAGGAAUGGACCGUUUCCCAGAAGAAUUCUCUUAUCGACCGGAGGAUGCUUUCAUGACAGGUGUUGGGCAUAGACAGGGAAUUAUUUUCUCCAAUGGCCACAUCUGGAAACAGCAGCGUCACAUUGGUGUCACGUCUCUGCGGAAGCUGGGCCUGGGGAAGAAAAGCAUUGAGCAUCAGAUAGAAGACGUGGCUCAGAGACUGGUGGAGAUGUUCAGACAAACAAAAGGACAGCCUUUUGACCCUUCGUUUCCAGUAGUAAAUGCAGUUUCUAAUGUUAUAUGUGCUUUGAGUUUUGGCCAUCAAUUUGCUCCUGAAGAUGAAAACUUCCAGAAGUUAAUUAAAGCUCUUGAAAAUAUUGUGAAAUUCUCUGGUGGCUUUUUUCAUGUGAUGCUUUUUGUGUUCCCACGAUUAAUGAGCUACCUCCCAGGCCCUCACAAGGAGGCCUUGGCUUCUGUAGAGGUGAUCACUUCCUUUGCAAAGCAAGAAAUAAAGAAACACAAGGACUCCAGAUCUCUCCAUGAGCCACAAGAUUUCAUUGAUUACUAUCUUCUACAGAUGGAGAAGACCAGGAAUGACCCAGACUCUACCUAUGAUGAAGAGAACCUGGCUCAGUGUAUUUUUGAUUUUUUUGGUGCUGGAAUAGACACAACCUUUGGUACUCUGAAGUGGGCACUGCUUCUCUUGACCAAUCACCCUGACAUCCAAGAGAAAGUCCAGAGGGAAAUUGAAGAUGUGUUUGGCUUCUCGGGGUCGAUUUCCUAUCAGGAUCGGAAGAAGCUGCCCUACACCAAUGCCGUGAUUCAUGAAAUGCAACGAUUCAAAUUUGUCUUGUUAGCUGGCUUUCCCCGAGAAAGUACAAAGGAUGUGAAGAUGAGGGGUUACCACAUUCCUAAGGGGACCAUUAUUCUCGCAGACCUGCGCUCUGUCCUUCUUGAUCCUGAGCAAUGGGAGACACCUGAAGAAUUCAACCCAAGUCACUUUUUAGAUAAGGAUGGGAAGUUCAUUGAACCGGAAGAGUUCCUGUCAUUUGGAAUAGGUCUACGUUCCUGUGUGGGAGAACAGCUAGCAAGAAUUGAGAUCUUUAUCUUUCUGACCAGCUUGUUGAGGGCCUUCAGCCUCCGGUUGCCUGAAGGAGUGAAAAAGCUCAAUGAAGAACCUGUUGCAAAAGUGCUGACACAUCCACACCCUUACAAACUGUGUGCUGUUCCCUUACAAUCUUAA